CUGCCUCCAAUCAUCUAAACCCGCCCACCCAGUGGCAGGCCGUAGCGUCUGGCUGCUUGUCGCUUCCCAGAGCCGGGAGAGUCCGGGCCCGCACUGGCCGUUACACUGGGAACCCUCAGGCCGGAGAUGCCGGGCCACAGCCGGGGAGGGGAGCGGAGGUGGCUUGUGGCCGUGCUGCUGCUAAUGGCCGGGACGCGGAUCUCUGGGACAGCGGGGAAGGAAUGCGAGAAGCCGUGUGUGAACGGGAUGUGCCAGCCCAGCACCGGGCAGUGUGCGUGUGAUCCUGGCUGGACCGGAGAGCAGUGCCAGCACUGCGGGGGCCGCUUUAUGUUAACUGGCCCGAGUGGGUUUGUUACAGACGGACCAGGAAACUAUAAAUAUAAAACAAAGUGCACGUGGCUUAUCGAAGGGAGCGAGAAUACGGUGCUCCGACUUCGCUUUAACCACUUUGCUACGGAAUGCAGUUGGGACCACCUUUACGUCUAUGAUGGGGAUUCCAUAUACGCGCCUCUUGUGGCGGCUUUCAGCGGCCUGAUUGUUCCAGAGCAGGAAAGCAAUAAUUCAGUCCCAGAAGUUGCCAUCACGUCUGGAUACGCACUGUUGCAUUUUUUCAGUGACGCAGCGUACAAUCUGACUGGAUUCAAUAUCAGCUACAACGUGGAUGCCUGCCCCAAUAAUUGUUCGGGGAGAGGCGACUGCACCCAGAAUCCCGAUGGCAACGUUUACUGUGAUUGUGCCGAGCACUGGAAGGGAGAGGCCUGCGAUAUCCCCUACUGCCUGGAUAACUGCGGAUUCCCCACCCAUGGGAUCUGCGACUUCAACAAUACUAAAAGCUGCAUUUGCAGAGAUGGCUGGCAGGGCCCCAGCUGUGACGUGUCCAUUCCUGCAAAUGAGUCCUUUUGGGUCCGGGAAGAAAACCUGCACCCUAAACUGGCACGAGCGUCGCACAGAGCAGUGGUGGUGGAUGACGUGAUGUGGAUUGUUGGAGGCUACAUGUUCAACCACUCCGACUACCAGAUGGUUAUGGCAUAUGACUUGCCCUCCCAUAAGUGGCUGUCGCUAAACAACUCUGUUAACUCUGUGGUUGUGCGCUACGGACAUUCCCUGGCACCGUACAAGGAUAAACUCUACAUGUACGGAGGGAAAAUAGAUGCCACGGGAAACGUCACAAACCAGCUGUACGUCUUCCAUAUUCACAACCAGUCAUGGGUUCAGAUCCUCCCCAAGGCCAAGGACCAGUAUGCGGUGGUGGGGCAUUCUGCCCACAUUGUCACCUUGAAGGAUGGCAGCGUGGUGAUGCUUGUCUUCUUUGGCCACUGCCCUCUGUACGGGUAUAUCAGCAGUAUCCAGCAGUACUCUCUAGAUACCAACCUCUGGGAGAUAGUUCAGACGCAUGGGGCACUCGUACAAGGCGGAUAUGGGCACAGCAGUGUGUAUGAUGAAAAGUCCAGAUCCAUAUAUAUACACGGGGGCUACAAGGCUUUCACCGCCAAUAAGUAUCGCUUAGCCGACGAUCUGUACAGAUACUCUGUGGACAACCAGACGUGGAUGAUUCUCAAAGACAGCCAGUCCUUCCGAUAUUUGCACACAGCAGUGAUCAUUAGCGGCACUAUGCUAGUGUUCGGCGGCAACACCCACAAUGACACUUCGAUGAGCCACGGGGCCAAGUGCUUCUCCUCAGAUUUCAUGGCAUACGACUUUGCCUGUGACUACUGGUCGGUGCUUCCUCACCCCAUGUUCCAGUAUGACGUCAGCGUGGAUCGCUUCGGCCAUUCAGCUGUUUUGAGGAACGGCACAAUGUAUGUGUUUGGAGGAUUCAACAGUCUCUUGCUCAGCGAUGUGCUGACGUUCACCCCGAGAAGUUGUGAAACAUACAAAAGUGAAAAUGCCUGCAUGGUGGCCGAACCGGGGAUCCGGUGUGUGUGGAACGCCAGCCUGUUGCUAUGUUCUUCGUGGGAGAACGCCACCCCCGAGCAGGAAGAGUUGAUCUCGUGUCCCAAUAAGACAAUUGCAGACAAUGAAAAGUGUGACCAAUACACAGACUGCUUCAGCUGCACAGUGAAUUCCCACGGCUGCCAGUGGUGUAACGAUCACUGCAUCUCCCUCAACAGCAACUGUACCGUACUUCAGGGUGCUAUAUCUGUGUAUGAACAGUGUCCCAAAAACAACCCAGGAUUUUACUGUAACAAGAAGACCAGCUGCAAGAGUUGUGCAAUGGAUCAGAACUGCCAGUGGGAGCCGAAGAACCAGGAGUGUAUUGGCCUGCCAGAAAACAUCUGCGGGGCAAAUUGGCAUUUGGUUGGAAGCUCCUGCUUUCGGAUCACCAGCGCCAAGGAUAACUACGAUAACGCCAAGCUGGCCUGCCGCAACCAGAAUGCCUACCUGGCCUCUCUCACCAGCCAGAAAGAAGUGGAAUUUGUUAUAAAGCACUUGCAGAGGUUGCAGCCGAAGACAGACCUUACCCCCUGGGUUGGACUCCGGAAGAUCAAUGUAUCGUACUGGUGCUGGGAAGACAUGUCUCCCUUUAGCAACACCACCCUACAGUGGCAGCAGGGAGAGCCAAGUGAUGCAGGCUUCUGCGGGUACCUUGCUGAGCCUUCUGUCGGGGGCCUGAAAGCAGCGACUUGUAUCCAUCAAAUCAACGGCAGUGUCUGUGAAAGGCCAGCCAAUUACAGCGCUAAGCAAUGCCGAACCCCUUGCGCAUCGCGGGGCAGCUGUGGGGAGUGUACCAGCGGCAGCUCAGAAUGCAUGUGGUGCAGUAAUAUGAAGCAAUGUGUGGACUCCAAUGCUUACGUGGCUUCCUUCCCAUUUGGGCAGUGUAUGGAGUGGUACACAAUGAGCACCUGUCCACCGGAGAACUGCUCAGGGUAUCGCACCUGUGCUCAGUGCUUGGAGCACCCUGGGUGUGGCUGGUGUACGGACCCAAGUAACACGGGCAAGGGCCAGUGCAUGGAGGGAUCACAUAGGGGCCCCAUGAAGAUGCCCAACAGCUCACAUGUUACUAACACAACGCCGGUCCUGAAUGUCAGCAUGUGCCCAGCUGAGAACCAUUAUAAUUGGUCUUUCAUCAUGUGUCCAGCAUGCCAGUGUAACGGGCACAGUAAAUGUGUCAAUGAAAGUAUCUGUGAGAAAUGCGAGAAUCUAACCACAGGCAAAAACUGUGAAUCCUGCAUAUCUGGCUUUUAUGGGGAUCCCACUAACGGAGGAUCCUGUCAGCCCUGCAAGUGUAACGGGCAUGCGUCAAUGUGCAACACCAACACGGGCAAGUGUUUCUGUACCACCAAAGGAGUUAAAGGGGAGGAGUGUCAGCUAUGUGAAGUGGAAAAUCGAUAUCAAGGCAACCCCCUUAAGGGAACGUGUUACUAUUCUUUGCUGAUAGAUUACCAGUUUACCUUCAGCCUGUCCCAAGAAGAUGAUCGUUACUACACCGCAAUUAAUUUUGUGGCGACCCCAGAGGAACAAAACAGGGACUUGGACAUGUUCAUCAAUGCGUCCAAAAACUUCAACCUCAAUAUAACGUGGGCGACGAGCUUCACAGCGGGCACCCAGGCAGGAGAAGAGAUCCCUAUUAUCUCCAAGACCAACAUAAAGGAAUACAAGGACAGCUUCUCCAAUGAGAAAUUCGACUUCCACAAUAAUCCCAACAUCACCUUCUUUGUCUAUGUCAGCAACUUCACCUGGCCGAUUAAAAUUCAGAUCGCGUUUUCCCAGCACAGCAACUUUAUGGACUUGGUACAGUUCUUUGUGACAUUUUUCAGCUGUUUCCUCUCUCUGCUCCUCGUGGCUGCCGUUGUCUGGAAAAUUAAGCAGAGCUGUUGGGCUUCAAGAAGAAGAGAGCAACUCAUCCGGGAGAUGCAGCAGAUGGCCAGCCGACCUUUUGCUUCCGUCAACGUUGCCUUGGAAACAGACGAGGAGCCCCCAGAUCUGAUUGGGGGGAGUAUAAAGACCGUUCCCAAACCUAUAGCCCUGGAACCCUGUUGCGGUAACAAAGCAGCCGUUCUGUCAAUAUUUGUACGGCUUCCUCGUGGCUUAGGGGGUAUCCCACCUCCGGGUCAGUCUGGUCUGGCCGUGGCCAGCGCCCUGGUAGACAUCUCCCAACAGAUGCCUUUAGCCUACAAAGAGAAAUCCGGAGCAGCGCGAAACCGGAAGCACCAGCCGCCCGCACAGCCCGGAACCUGCAUUUGACAUUGGGGCGACGAACUCCUCUAGGGAUUUAACUAUUAACGCGUCGGAGCGACCGGAGCGUUUUAUUGCGACGGAAAGACGCUGGCACCGGCAAGCCCCUCCCCCCCAGACGUGCAUGGUUCCCGUCACAUUACGCCAGAAUCCCUUUUACGGACACGUUUUUUGUUUAUUUUUUCCUUCCGUUGAGUCAUUUUUUUUUUCGUUGUUGUUUGAGUUUCACGUACUAUUUCCCUAGGAACAAAAGAAAUCUUAACUUAUUCUCCCCGGAAGUAAAACUGUACAUGCCCAUAGUGUGGUGCUCAGGUUAUUUACGGUUGGAUCAUUUCUUCAGCUGCUUGCGGUUUUUUUGUAUCGACGCAAAACGAGGGCGCCCCAGAGAGACGUCCCCUUUCCGGAUUUGUUUCGAACCCUUACUGUGGACUUUUGUACCGGAACUCGAGAAAGUUCAACGCGGACUCUUUGUAUUUAUGAACUGUGAAGCUUAUACCCGCGGGGUUACCUCCCGGCGCUUACGGACUGGACGCCUGUUUCUCCGCCCCCGCCGGGCACCAAUCAGCAAGGAGUUCUGUUCUUGGCAGUCGAGCUGACUUAGUCGGUAAAUAGGUUGAUUAAAGUGUCCAAUAUGGAAGUGAGAAGAGGAAUUGCGAGCUGGGGAAUAGGACGCACGGCCUUGCUGUGCCCGGGGGGCUCAUUGUACAAGUAUUGCUAUGGUACUGAAAGUGCAUCAAACUCUGACUAUGCUUUCUUACCAUCAAGAGCACAUUGCUAAUUGCAGUAAAUAAAUGUAAAUUAUUUUA